AAUUUCAAAAUCCAGACCACCAAAAAAAGAAAAAAAAAAUCAGAGAGAAUCAAACCAGGCGAGACCUGACCUCACGCGCCACCAGAACCUGAAGAAACUUUCAGCAGCAUGGAACCGCCCAAGGCAGAGCCCGAGACGAAAAUGGAAUCACAGAUGAAGGAUGAUCCGCCUCGUAAACCCGAUCAGCCUGAUCCGAAACCUGCGGAUCAUGCACCGGAUGGGGACGGGCGUUCGGGAGACAGCAGCAGCGUCGUUCCGGGAUCAGAAUCUCAAGCUCAGAAUCAAAGUGAAAGCGAGGAGAAAGUUGCUCAAGCGGAGCAAUCGCUGAAUCGCACUUCCUCUGUGUCAAAGAAAUCGGUUCGUUGGAGCCCUGAUUUGGUAACGGAAACACCAGCGGGGAAUCAGAGCUCUAAUUCUUAUGUUGUGCCUUCUCCUGCGAGUUCCCUGCCUUUCUCUAUGAAAGAUACGAUGGAGAAUGUGAAGGGAGUGCUGGGGAGAUGGGGAAGGAAGAUGGGUGAGGCGACGAGAAAGGCAGAGGAUCUUGCUGGGAACACCUGGCAGCACUUGAAAACAUCUCCAAGUUUUGCUGAGGCUGCUAUGGGAAGAAUUGCUCAAAGUACAAAGGUUCUAGCAGAAGGUGGUUAUGAGAAGAUCUUUCGACAAACUUUUGAGACAGUUCCUGAGGAGCAACUGCAAAAUUCAUAUGCAUGUUACUUAUCUACAUCGGCCGGUCCGGUCAUGGGAAUUUUAUAUGUAUCUACAGCUAAACUUGCAUACUGCAGUGAUAAUCCUCUUUCAUAUAAAAAUGGCAACCAGACUGAAUGGAGCUAUUAUAAGGUAGUAAUACCAUUACAUCAACUAAAAGCAGUUAAUCCUUCAUCAAGCAGAGUCAAUCCAUCUGAGAAAUAUAUCCAGGUUAUCUCUUUAGAUAAUCAUGAAUUUUGGUUCAUGGGCUUUCUAAACUAUGAAGGUGCUGUUAAAUGCCUAGGAGAUGCUUUGCAGGCCGGUAAUGAAACUUCUGUGUGAUACUACAUGGCUUCACGCAUCAUUUUUAUGAUGUUUUUUUUUGUCAUUCAACCAAGUUUUGUUCCUAUAUUGCUUAGGGAGCAUAAGACCACCAAUACUUAUGCCAUUAUUCCUUUUAGGAACUCCAUAUACUCUGUGGAAGUAAAAGUAGGUCACUUUUAGAGCUUAUAUCUGGAUAAUCUUUAUGGAAAACAGCUAGAGAAAAUAUAUUUAAUCUUUUUGGUUUAAACCUUCUUGUAACAAAACUCAAUAUUGUAUUCAUUUUUUUCUUUGCCA